AUGUCUCUGCCCGACACCUUUAAAGCUGCGUUCCUAGAUGGAGCCAGCAACUCACUCAAAGUGCGCGACCGCACACCGGACACAGUCAUCCUCGCGCCCCAAGAGGUUGCAAUCAAGAUCUCCGCGACUGCAAUCAACCCCGCCGACUGGAAGCUGCGCGGUUUCCCAUCGUUCAGCUUUGGCGACCGCCUGCCCGUCGUCCUGGGCUCAGACGCCGCGGGCACAAUCUACGCGAAGGGCUCGGACGUUCCUACGGACAAGUUCCAGCUCGGGGAUAGGGUGUUCUUCCAGGGUUUAUACGGUGACUGCGACUCUGCAUCCUUUCAGGAGUUUGCCCGGGCCGACUGUAGGGUCGUGGGGAAGACCCCGUCAAACAUAAGCGACGAGGAGGCCGCAGGUGUCAGCCUUGCAGGAAUUACUGCCGCCAUUGGACUCUACCAUAGUACCGGUCGCGGAUUGAGCGCUCCGUGGGAUCAUGGCGGCCUUGGUGCACAGGCGGGUAAGGGCAUGGCCCUGGUUGUCCUGGGCGGAAGUGGCAGUGUCGGGCAAUACGUUCUUCAGCUCGCGAGGCUCUCUGGGUAUGAGCGCAUCGUGGCCAACGCCAGCGCCGCCCACAAGCUGCUGCUAGGAAAGCUUGGUGCGAGCGUCGCGCUUGAUCGCCAGACACAAAACAGCGUGGAGGAUUUCAUCACUGCUAUCGGGGCCGGGGUAGCCCUGGACUGUGUCUACGAUACCAUCGGCACGCCCGAGACGCAAACGCUCGCAGUAGCGAUUCUGCAAACUGCUCAAAGAGCCAGCAAUGAUGCCUCGGUCGUGUGCACGAACCCUCCCGUCGAAAAGGCUGUGCAGAUGGGAAAGCAGGAGGGCAAGAGGCAGGUUGAGAUCAAGGGGAUCUGGGCCAACGGGACCGCCGCAGAGAUGAGAAACGUUUCGGAGCCAUUCUAUGCUCAUACAGCAGAAUGGCUCAAGACAGGCGACCUGGUGCCUAACCAACCCUUAGUUAUCCAGGGUGGCCUUGAAGCAAUAGACAAGGCACUGCAAACACAGCAGGCGGGCGUCUCGGGAGUCAAGGUUAUUGUGAAGCUUUAG